AUGCAGCCGCAGAUGCUGUUCUGGAUUUUCAUAACAUAUGGGUACAUCCUAUUCACCGCAGCCAACAUGCUCAGCGACGGCUCCGAGCUCCUACUUUUUAUCCCACAGGUGGCCGGCCUUGUCGGUAGCGUUGUUUUGCCGGUGCUGGGCGCUGUGCCAGAUGGCAUGAUGGUGCUCUUUUCUGGCAUCGGUCCCACAGAAGUGGCGCAGGAAAACGUCGCGGUUGGUGUCGGUGCUUUGGCAGGUAGCACCAUCAUGCUCCUCACAGUGCCCUGGUUCCUGGGGGUCCUCGGUGGCCGUGUUGACAUGGAGGGUGGCAAAUGUCAGUACGGCGAGGAGAAGAAGCUUACCAAGGGUGGCCUCAUGAACACCUUCUUUCAUACUGGCAUCCGUUACAAGCCGGAGAUACGAGCAAACUGCAAGAUCAUGAUCUUCACGGCACUGACGUACUUGAUUAUCCAGAUUCCUGCCUGGUUCAUCGACACGCAAAAGCCUGCCCUCACGACGAAGGCCAUCGCCAAAGAAAACAGUCAGGAAUCUGCCUGGGCACUGAUCGGCAUGGUGCUCUGCAUACUGGAGUUUUCUAUGUAUCUGUACAUGCAGUAUGUGGCGGGUCUCCCUGAGCAGCAUCUUCCGCAUUCAGUUUCAAGCGCGGAAAUGCUGCGGGCAAAGUUCGACAACUGCCUCGCAUGGGCGCGGGAUAAGAUGUCCGGGGCGGGCGUCGCACCGGCAAAGGCAAGAAGCUAUGUGGCGGCCAUCAUGAGGGCUCAGGAGCUCGGAGUCAAAGCCUGGAUGGAAGAGUUCCGAAGAGACUGGAAGCUGACGGAACAAAGCGAGAAAAACAAAGCGUUGCUCGACAAAGUCACCUUUCCGAAAGAUUUCAGGGAGACGCUGGCAAUGUGGUUUCGAAAGUACGCCAGCGCCUCUGAUCAUGAUGGACUGAGAAUGACAGAGAUGGAUUUUAAUAACCUCCUGCGAGCCCUCCACUUGCAUGGUUACAAUGCUACCGAGCUUUUCAAGCAGGUGGACGCAAACAACGACGGCAGCAUUGACCAAGAUGAAUUUACAGAAUGCUUCAAGCAUCUGGCCUCGCUGCCACCGAAAGCACCUGCAAACCCCAGAAAAUCUCGGGCUACAAUUGCCACAGCAGAGGCAGUCACCCUGCCAGAUGCACCUGCAGCACCGGCAGAUGAUGAUGACGACGACGAGGACGACGAGGAAGAGUCCAUGCCCGAGGAGUUCAAGGACCUUUCCGUGCAAGAGCAGAGGCGGCAGAUCCUGCUCAAAUCAAGCUACCUGAUGGGCUUUGGCACCCUGUUGGUACUUGUGUUCUCUGACCCUAUGGUGGAUGUGCUUGCGGAGAUUGGGAGGCAGAGUGGCAUCCCGUCCUUCUAUAUAUCCUUUGUGCUGGCACCGAUGGCUUCGAACUCGUCAGAGUUGGUGGCAGCGUACAACUAUGCAUCCCGUAAGACGUCCAAGACCAUUACGAUUGCUUUGAACACACUGGAGGGGGCGGCUUGCAUGAACAAUACCUUCUGCCUGGGGAUCUUCAUGGCACUGGUAUACUUCCAGGGAUUGGCUUGGAAGUUUACCGCAGAGACCAUCACGAUCCUCGUUGUGGAGUCUGUGCCUCGGGCUGCCCUGCUCUGCCCCAAAAGCGGUCAUGAAACGGGCUCAGUGCAAAGAGGCUGUUGUAAGACUUCUGAGACUUGA